AUGACGCCCAACAAGAAGAAGAGCGAGGAGACACAGCCGGAGAGGAGGGAUACGUCAUUCACGUCCGCAUCCACAUCGCGCGGCGCGACGAGCGAAGAGGGAGAGGGGAGCCAGCUGUCUUCCUCGUCGUCGUGGUCGUCGUCGGCGGCGGCGGCGGCGGCGGCGAUUCCGUCAUCAUCAUCGCCAGCCGGUCAGGACGAACCAACGGUCAACAAGCUCUUCAGCCGGUGGAAGCAGUCGACGACAUUCAGCAACAUCGGAAGCAGUCUCAAGGCCUGGAAGACAACCAAGGACAACGGCAAUGGAUCCUCCUCCUGA